GCUCGGGUCCUGCCACUCCCCCGCGGCCCCUCUCCUCCUCCUCGCGGGGCGCGCCGCCGGGCCCCGCCCCCCGCCGCGGCCCCGCCCCCGCCGCCGGGCCCCGCCCCCCGCUGCCGGCCCCGCCCCCGGCCGCGCGGCCUCCUGCCGGGACCCCGGCGGCCCCGGCCGCGGCGCCAUGGCCUCCGAGUCGGUGAAGGUGGUGGUGCGCUGCCGCCCCAUGAACCAGCGCGAGCGGGAGCUGAACUGCCAGCCCGUGGUGACGGUGGACUGCGCGCGCGGCCAGUGCUUCAUCCAGAACCCGGGCGCCGCCGACGAGCCCCCCAAGCAGUUCACCUUCGACGGCGCCUACCACAUGGACCACGUCACCGAGCAGAUCUACAACGAGAUCGCCUACCCGCUGGUGGAGGGAGUCACCGAGGGCUACAAUGGCACCAUCUUUGCCUAUGGCCAGACGGGCAGCGGGAAGUCCUUCACCAUGCAGGGCCUGCCAGACCCACCGUCCCAGAGAGGCAUCAUCCCCAGGGCCUUUGAGCAUGUGUUUGAGAGUGUUCAGUGUGCAGAGAACACCAAGUUUCUGGUCCGGGCCUCUUACCUGGAGAUCUACAAUGAAGAUGUCCGUGACCUGCUGGGGGCUGACACCAAGCAGAGGCUGGAGCUGAAGGAGCACCCGGAGAAGGGCGUGUACGUGAAGGGGCUGUCGCUGCACACGGUGCACAGCGUGGCCCAGUGCGAGCGCAUCAUGGAGACGGGCUGGAAGAACCGCUCAGUGGGCUACACCCUGAUGAACAAGGACUCCUCCCGCUCCCACUCCAUCUUCACCAUCAGCAUCGAGAUCUACGCCGUGGAUGAGCGGGGCAAGGACCACCUCCGCGCUGGCAAGCUGAACCUGGUGGACCUGGCGGGCAGCGAGCGGCAGUCCAAGACAGGGGCCACCGGGGAGCGACUCAAGGAGGCCACCAAGAUCAACCUGUCACUGUCCGCCCUGGGCAAUGUCAUCUCGGCCCUGGUGGACGGGCGCUGCAAGCACAUCCCCUACCGCGACUCCAAGCUGACCCGGCUGCUGCAGGACUCGCUGGGCGGCAACACCAAGACGCUGAUGGUGGCCUGCCUGUCCCCCGCGGACAACAAUUACGACGAGACCCUCAGCACACUGCGCUACGCCAACCGAGCCAAGAACAUCAAGAACAAGCCGCGCAUCAACGAGGACCCCAAGGACGCCCUCCUGCGGGAGUACCAGGAGGAGAUCAAGCGGCUGAAGGCCAUCCUGGCGCAGCAGAUGAGCCCCAGCAGCCUGUCAGCCCUGCUGUCCAGCCAGGCGCCCCCAAAGCCUGUCCAGGAGGACAAGCCAUUGCCCGCCCCUGUGAUCCAACAUGACUCGGAGGCUGAGAAGCAGCUAAUUCGGGAGGAGUACGAGGAGCGCCUGGCCCGGCUGAAGGCUGACUACGAGGCCGAGCAGGAGUCCCGGGCCCGGCUGGAGGAGGACAUCACUGCCAUGCGCAACUCCUAUGACAUGAAGCUGUCCACGCUGGAGGAGAACCUGCGGAAGGAGACAGAGGCUGUCCUGAAAGCGGAAGUCCUCUACAAGGCCGAGGUCAUGUCCAGGGCCGAGUUUGCCAGCACGUCUGAGUACGCCGCAGCCUUCCAGUACGAGACGGCUGCAAGGCCCGUGGUCUUCUCCAUGCCGGACGGUGACCAGGUCUCCAGGGUGAGGCCCUCCGAGUCCCAGGUUUCUUGCAGGUCGGAGUCCUCCCUGCUCGACUCGUCCACGCCCGAGGCCUUCGCAGGCACCGAGGAGUUCUCCCCCGGGGAGUUCUCUGUGCCCGAGGAGGAGCCCAGGGACAAGUACCUCCUGGAGGAGUACCUUGGCCCGGGGACGGCGGGGCCCCCGCUGGAGGACGAGAGGUCUGUCCAGGAGGAGGAGCUGUCCCUGCUGCCGCUGCAGUUGUUACCAAGCCUGCAGGACCCGUUCGCCGAGGUGGAGCUCAAGCUGGCCAGACUGUCCUCCACCGUGGCCAGGAUAGACAUACCCCAGCCAGGCGCACCCCAGGUCCCUGAGCAGUGCCCCUCCCUGACAGAACUGCCAGAGCCCAGUGACACCAGUUCAGAAGCAGAGUUGGCCAGCGACCUUCCGCUCAGGACCGAGGUGGACCUCGUCCCGGAAGUCGCUGAGGAGGUGGAAUCCACAGCAGAGACUGGCUCGUGGAUGGAGGCUGAGGCCGAGCUGGCCCAGGGGACCCAACCUCAGCCCCUUCUGUCUGUGGGGAGCUUGAGGAAGGACGUGGGUGUGGAGGUGGCCAUGCUGACGGAGGAGCUGCUGCCCGUUGUGGACCAGCAGAAGGUGCUGGCCCGCCUGCAGUUGCUGGAGCAGCAGGUGGUGGGCGGGGAGCAGGCCAAGAACAAGGACCUGAAGGAGAAGCACCGGCGGCGGAAGCGGUACGCGGACGAGCGCAAAAAGCAGCUGGUGGCGGCGCUGCAGAACUCGGACGAGGACAGCGGGGACUGGGUGCUGCUCAACGUCUACGACUCCAUCCAGGAGGAAGUGAGGGCCAAGAGCAAGCUGCUGGAGAAGAUGCAGAGGAAGCUCCGGGCAGCAGAGGUGGAGAUCAAAGACCUGCAGUCCGAGUUCCAGCUGGAGAAGAUCGAUUACCUGGCCACCAUCCGGCGGCAGGAGCGCGACUCCAUGCUCUUCCAGCAGCUCCUGGAGCAGGUGCAACCCCUGAUCCGCAGGGACUGCAACUACAGCAACCUUGAGAGGAUCCGCCGUGAGUCGUGCUGGGACGAGGACAGCGGCUUCUGGAAGAUCCCGGAGCCCGUCAUCAUCAAAACCAGCCUUCCAGUAGCAGUUCCAACUGGGCCACAGAACAAGGCAGCCCGCAAGAGCUCUGCAGCAGAGAACGGGGAGCCCAACACGCAGGAGGAAGACCGCUACAAGCUGAUGCUCAGUCGGAGUGACAGUGAAAAUAUUGCCAGUAACUACUUCCGUUCCAAGCGGGCCAGCCAGAUCCUCAGCGCGGAUCCCAUGAAGAGCCUCAGUCCCCGAAAUGCCGCAGCCCCGGCCCUUCCGCCUGGAGUCCCUCGACAUCCCCUUCACCAAAGCCAAGCGGAAGAAAAGCAAAAGCAACUUCGGCAGCGAGCCUCUGUGAGGGCAGCCGCCCGCUGCCACUGCCCGAAGGCUCCUGGAACGCAGGGCGGCCCGCCCAGGCCUCCUCCCGCCUCCCCCAGUGACCCGGGAAGGCCCGUUCCCUCCCUGUUAGCCACCAACACUGGGCCAUGGCCCUGGGGGACUGCCGUCUUCCCUGCUCCGGGGAGGCGGGCUCCGGAUCCCUGCGACAAGCGUGUUCUGCCCUCCUCCUGCCGGGGAGCCGGCCACUGGCGCCUACAGUGCUGGCCUUUGCCGUCAUGGCCCCGGAAGCUUCGGACCUGCCUUGGCACCUUCACCAGCAGCCCAGCGUGUGAAUGAAGCGCGGCAUCUUGGUGACUGAAAUUUGUGCCUCCGGGUGACUUGCCCCCUUCCGGAGGGAAGCCCUGUCCUGCAGGAGGGCACAGGAGUCCAGAGGGCCCUUCCCCCGAGCCGUGGCCGUGGCCCAGAGAAGGCUGCUUCUCCUUAGGCUGCCAAUAAACUGCCUUUAGACUGAGUUCCCGCCCUGCCUCUCUGACCGCAUCCCGGGCCCCUCUGCGGCCAGGGCAGCCGAUCGAACAGGUGCUCGCUGCCUGGGGCUUCCAGAGCCAGCAGCCUCUGGGGUCCCUGCAGUUCCCUGCACUGGCAAACACACGAGAGUGUUUUUUCUUUGGAGAGUGUCUGAGCCUUCAGAGGAUCUGACACCCAGGAAACAGAGCCCUCCUCUG